UGGAAAUGUUUACGUUAUUUGAGUUGGAAAUGUAUACGAAUUAUAAUAACGGGAUUAAAAUACUUAUUUUUUAAUUCGGAACAAAUAUGUCUGCGCCCAUGGAAAAUAUUGCGGGAGAAUUGAAAGUAGAAAUAUCUGAAAAUAUUCCUGAAGAAUUAGAUUUGACAUCCCCAAAUUUGAAUCCUCUGAAAGCUCUUUACUCCGAAAAUGUAUAUUUGCCACACAAAAACCCAACAACGUUCAAUAAUCUGGCAGAAUAUGAAAAUGUUGUUAUCAAAGGAAAUGUCACAUCUAAUAGAGGGAGGGGGAGAGGGAAAAAAGUCCCAAAAGCCACCAGAACAACUACCAUAAAGCCACCUGCUGUAACAGAAGGUGUUAACACACAAGAAUCCGAUGAAAAUACUGCUAAGAUGUUAGCACGUAGAAAAAAAAUGAAUCGCAAUGUACUGACAAGAAUGUCGGAAAUUGAUGAAGGUCCCCUCACUAUUCUAAAGAAAGCUGUGGAAAAACAACACAGAAUUAAAGUUUGGACCAGAAGUGCUGUCACAUGGAGGGGCUACUGCAAAGCUUAUCUUAUAGCUUUUGAUAAACAUUUUAACCUGGCAUUGAUGGAUGUUGAUGAAACAUAUCGUAUUCCCAAAGUGAUCAGAAAACCUCUUCUGGAGACGAAAUCAAAAGAAACAGAAAGGGAUAUUGCUAUGCAAGGACUAUCCAAGACAAGUAGUGAUGAAAAGUUGACACAGGUACAAUCUGAAAAAACAUCAAUACAACAAUCAGAGAAGGAAGGAGGUGGUGAGGCAUUAACAGGUGAGAUCGAAGAAGGUCUUCAAGCAUUAACACAUGAACAAUCAGAGAUGGCAGAAGGUUAUAAAGCAUUAACAAAGGAACAAUGUCACAUGACAUUGAGUGAGAGAUUAACAGACUGUACAGACAGUGAAGAUACAGAUAGUGGUGUGGUGAGAAUGACGGAAAAUCUGUCUAUCAAUCAAACGUCAGCUAUAACCCAUUCAGACAAAUAUAGAGAGAUUGCGUCAGAAGACAUUCACCAAGAGCAGACUUCUAGAACUAGUGAAAUUUCUUCAAUAGAACCAACUAAUACUCAACAAAUCUCAGAAAGUAGCUCUAAAGUGAAAACUACCUCGAGUGCUUCUAAAUAUGCCAUGUGUUCACAAGAGAAAGAUUAUACAACAGAAAUUGAGUACAUAACCAAACAUAGACAUAUUAAUCAGCUGUUCGUCAGGGGAGAUAAUGUUGUGUCUGUUGCAUUGUUAGAUUAAAGUAUCAGUCAGGGGAGAUAAUGUUGUGUCUGUUGCAUUGUUAGAUUAAAGUAUCAGUCG